UGUGACAUCGACUCGACUGAAACCUGAUGCAAGUCAUCAUGAUUGAUCGCUUACAUGCCAUGUAUCAGCGAUCUAGAAUGAUGCUCACCUUCCUUGUUAUUAUCUUUCUGACGGUCAACAUCGCCUGCGGAGUAAUCGUGGCAAUGGGACUCAAGUAUGUUGUAGGAGAGGAGAUGAUACUCUCUGGCACAUAUUUGUGCGAUUAUGGAAUCGAAGGGGGCUCACCGCUUCUUAUUUCAAUGGUUUGGACGCUCAACACUAUUUGGGAGGUCCUCGCACUAUGUCUUUCAGUCUGGGUUGCUGUGAAACACUUCCGUGAGCGACGACUCGGCCCAUCGACAGGAUCGACAGGAUCGACCACCGGGGACUGUUUCAGAGUGCUGAUACAAUCUCAUGUUCUUUAUUUUGCAAGCUUUGUCAGUGUCUCUUGCCUCCAGCUUGCUAAUGUCUCGCCAUCAAUCGCGAAUUCAAUUUCUACUGGAUCUCAGAUACUCUAUGCUGCUCUUUUGGUUUUAGCGGUCGUGCAGAUGUUUGUGCUAGGACCACGCCUCAUUCUUAGCAUUCGAGAAUACCACGCCAAACUCGUGGAAUACUCUGACGCAGAAAUUAGCAUGAAUACAAUUGUUUUCCAAGAGAGAAAUGCUUGCCGUGUGGUCUGCAGGGAGGAGAAAUUUGGUGGAGGAUCCGUCGUGGUAUUCAUUUAACAUAUGGUGUUUUGAAGUAUAUUUGAAAGGUCUAGGCA